AUGGGGAGGCGAGGCCGCCCUUCACUCAAUAUCACGCCAGAGGAGCGGCUCCAGCGCAGACGAUCGCAGCUCGUUGCCUCUCAACGAAAGCGCAGGGCCCACAAACGCCUGUUAUCCCAGCCGUCUACGUCUACGGCAACAUCCGAGGGGCUUCUACCGGCUGUACCGACUGCGCUGCCCGUCUAUGAUGCCAUGAUGCCGGGGCACCGCGCGGGAGUCGCCGUGUCUCGGCCGCAAGGCGUCGAAGCCACCACAAACACAACCGCAAACGAAGCAUCGUCUCCGAGCGCUCGGUCGCCGCCUGCAAUCUGUCACCGUUGCGGAUCGGCCCCCCUCGACACGGCCGCAAUACCCGCGGCCGUGUCGCCCACUUCACCGGCAAGUCUUUUGAGGACUCGCCAACUUGGAACAGAUACUCAUGCGUUAUCCUCUAGACUCGCGAGCCCGAUGCCGCCAUCUUCAAUAUGGGCUGACACCAACGCGAACGAGCCCGAUGCGGGCACCGACAAAGCCUCUUUUACAUUCAUAGCCAGUCAUGCGUCAUUAUAUGACCGGGGAUUCGAUUCCUUCGAUUGUGUUGGCAGUAAUACUCUACUAAGCGAGGAACUCGAAACGAGCGCGGCAUGGCUGAAACGCCCCGCGCACGCAUUCGCGACAGGGAUAGACAAUGUCUUUUUCCCAGGGCGGGCGACCUUUACCGCAGACUCUCUGUGGAUGCCAUCACCUUCUCUAUUGGAGGACGACGGCCCGAUGUUGACUGGCGCGACAUUGUGCGGCCCAAUCCUAGAGGCAUGCAGCCCGAUGUUGAGUGACGAUGGCAUUGAGUUUUGGACGCCAUGGACGGGAGCUAAGCAAGCGAUCCCUAUGGGCUUUUGA